AUGUUCCUCGAUCAACCCUCCAAGACCGACGCGCCAAAACCACCUCACGACGUGAUACCCACCAUGGUUGGGGAAAAAUGGGCCAGGAACCUUGUCAAGCGGAAGCCUGAGGUCAAGUCUCAGGUAACCAGACAGCGUGAUCACCAGAGAGUCCUGUGCAGCAAUCCAGCUAUUAUCAGCCCCUGGUUCAACCUUGUACGCAACGUUAAAGCCAAGUAUGGGAUCCUGGACGAAGAUACCUACAACUUCGACGAGACUGGCUUUCAGAUAGGUGUUGGAGGGUCUGUCAAGGUGGUAACAGCGUCUGAGAGGCGUCUUAGACCAUUGCAGGUUCAGCCUGGCGACCGUGAGUGGGUAACGUUGAUUGCCGGCAUCAACGCCAUGGGGUGGGUUAUCCCACCUUUCUUCAUCUUCAAAGCGAAGAACCACGACCAAGCCUGGUAUCACAACCCAAAGGACUGGCGUAUUGGUGUCAGCAAGAAUGGCUGGACAACGAAUGAAUUAGGCCUAGAAUGGCUGAAGCACUUUAUUCAGCAUACAACAGCUAGGACAGUGGGUAGCCACCGGCUGCUAAUUAUUGAUGGCCAUGAGAGCCACAAGUCGCUUGCCUUCCAGGAUCUAUGUGAGGAGAGCAAGAUUAUCACCCUCUCAAACAGCGACAUCACCCACAUUGACAAGAAAGCAUUCCUGGAUACCUUUAAUCAGGUGUUUGACAAGGCAUUUUCAAAGGAUAAUAUCCUAUCAAGCUUCCAGGCAACAGGCCUGCUUCCAGACAACCCAGAGGUGGUGCUAUCAAAGCUUGAAGUGAAGCCUUAUACGCCGUCACCACCUCCACUAGGGCCUACCACCUGGCAGCCUAAAACACCAAGCAACGCUGCUGAAAUUGAAGCUCAAUCAACGCUGAUCUUAAAGAGGAUAAGGGAUUAUAGGAGUUCAUCAGCAGAGUCACUCCAGGGUAUGGUGCAGCAGUUCCAAAAAGGAGCUGAAAUGAUGGUGCAUACCCAGGUGCUUAUGGCAGCUGAGAUAGUCAGACUUCGAGCUGCAAAUAAAGCAGCUUCUGAGCGUAAGGCACGUAAAAGGAAGCGGAUCCAGCAUGGAGGGACCCUUUCACAGCAAGAAGCAGAGGAAAUAAUUGAGCGCAGGGAUGCUGAGGCGCUGGUUGAGGCAGAGAGGUGUGAGGAGAGAGUGCAAGCAGGUGGUGGCAGCAAGGGUAUUCGUCGCUGCAAGACAUGUAGUGAGGUCGGACAUAAUAAGCGCACCUGCAAGAAAGAUGCAGCUGAAUCAGGCGAUUAA